AGUAUUACAACCCUCUGGCCUCUGCGUUACUAGUUUCGGAGGCAAGAAAUAGAAGCCAAGCAGAGCUCUUUAGAACACCUGCGCGCACGGGAGACAGAGAGAGAGAGAAAUACAAGCUCAAACGAUGUCGUACGACGACAGAUACGAGAAUAACGGACAAGAACACGGUUCGCCGCCGCGGGAAACCAGCGCCGCUCAUGUCGAUGCCCCCGACAACCACCACGACUCCAAAUCACGCCAUGAUUCACAAAGUCAGGAGGAGUCUACAAGAAGCAGGGAAAAAGAAAGGGAAAAAGACAGAGACAAAGAAGGGAAGAGGGACCGGGACAGAGACAGAGACAGAGAUAAAGACAGAGAAAAGAGUAGGGACAGAGAUAGAGACAAAGAAAGGAGUAGGGACAGGAAUAGGGAUAGGGAUAGAGAGCGUGAUCGCCAUAGCUCCCGACAUAGAGAAAGGAGUGAGAGAAGGGAGCGGAGCAGAGGCAUGGAAGAUGAUGAUUAUCGCCAUAGUAGCCGAGAUCAUGACAGACGGCGGGAUCAUGAUGAAGACAGAGAGGACAGACACAAACGUAGUUCUCGAUCUCAUUCUAGGGCCAGAUCUCAUCAUAAAUCAGGUUCACGCUCUCGUUCAAGGUCAAGAUCACGAUCACGUUCUCGUUCUAAGAGUAAAAGGAUAAGCGGGUUUGACAUGGCCCCACCAACUGCAAUGAUUGCUGCGGCUCCUACCAUUGGAGCCCCGAUUACAACAGCUCCUGUUCCUGGGGUUUUUCCCAAUAUUUUCCCCUUGACACCAGGGCAGAUGCAGCUUGGAACUCUUCCUGUCAUGCCUGUUCAAGCAAUGACUCAGCAGGCUACUCGGCAUGCUCGACGUGUUUAUGUAGGAGGAUUACCCCCAACAGCUAAUGAACAGUCUGUCGCUACCUUUUUCAGCCAUGUUAUGGCCGCAAUUGCAGGAAAUACUGCAGGCCCGGGUGAUGCUGUUGUCAAUGUAUAUAUUAACCAUGAAAAGAAGUUCGCUUUUGUGGAGAUGCGAUCUGUAGAGGAAGCUAGUAAUGCUAUGGCGCUAGACGGUAUCACAUUUGAGGGGACUCCGGUUAAGGUGAGGAGACCCAGUGACUACAAUCCAUCCCUCGCGGCAGCAUUGGGUCCAAGUCAGCCUAAUCCGAACCUGAACCUAGGUGCUGUUGGCUUGACACCAGGUUCUGCAGGUGGUCUUGAGGGUCCUGACAGGAUCUUUGUGGGCGGGCUUCCUUAUUACUUUACUGAGGCUCAAGUGCGGGAGUUGUUGGAGUCCUUUGGAGCACUUCGGGGUUUUGAUCUUGUCAAAGACAGAGAAACUGGAAAUUCAAAAGGCUAUGCAUUCUGUGUGUACCAAGAUCUGUCUGUUACAGAUAUUGUUUGUCAAGCACUCAAUGGAAUCAAAAUGGGAGAUAAAACCCUUACCGUUAGGCGUGCAAACCAGGGUGCUCAGCAACCAAAGCCGGAGCAAGAAAGUGUGUACAUGCAUGCUCAGCAGCAGAUUGCACUGCAGAAAAUGAUAUUGCAGCCUGGUGGCCUUCCCACCAAGAUUGUGUGCUUAACCAACUGUGUAAAUAUCGAUGAGCUCAAAGAUGACGAGGAAUUUGAAGAUAUCCUUGAUGACAUGAGACAAGAGGGGACACGAUUUGGCUCUUUAUUAAGUGUUGCCAUCCCGAGACCGCAUCCAAAUGGAGAGCCUUCACCAGGGCUUGGAAAGGUGUUCUUGGAGUAUGCUGAUAUAGAGAGUUCUUCAAGGGCCAGAGUCGGUAUGAAUGGAAGGAAGUUUGGUGGCAAUGAAGUCGUGGCGACGUUUUACCCGGAGAAUAAAUUUGCCGAGGGCCAAUAUGAUGGCUGAAGAAAUGAGACGGAGUCUGAUUGUUUCUGCUUCUAUUUGAUGUAGUGAUUUUUUUCCUCUCAUGUUGGUAGCUGAUGGAUUUUUUUUGUACCUGAUAGGAUCUUGUGUUACAGUCAGAAGCUGGUGUGUUUGACAUUGAUUUCCUUUUUUAACCUUUGAUAAUUAAUGAUUCGAAUAAUUUGUUAGAUUAUACCUCAAUUCAGUUUUAGUUGCAGAUUGUUAGACUUUUAUGCUUGUCAAUGUAUAAUUUUAAGUUAAUCAUUCACAUCUAUGAUUAUAGAUAUUUAAAAUAUUAAGAUGAAUUUAAUAAGAUUUUAUGUGAUUA